ACACAACCAACACGCCAGCAUCGUUGCUUGCUAACCCUUGCGUCUGAUUUGCCCAGAGACGCGACCACAACAACACCGCCAGUCUCUUGGGUCGCAUUUCUUUUCCUCGAUAAGCUGCCCACAGCCUGAGAAUGCACUGCCAAUGCAGCGCCGUCGUCAUACUUUAGCGCUCUCUGGGCCAUUCCAUCAUUGCUAUUCUGGGUGAGCCAACGGAGUUGCUCGAUGUAACUUCUGCCUUCCGACCCCGCAACUGUCCUCGUAUAAGCUGCAUUCCUGUCCCUGAAUUUAAUCUCGUCACGGCGUCGACUCUUUCCCUUCUCUUGGCGGUUUUUUUCUCGAUGUCGACUUGACUAUGGCCCGAAAUCUGGUGAAUCGACUCCUUCUAACCUGCCUCGCCAUCAUCUACCAUUUCUCACUCGUCCACGCAAAACCCGUCCAAUACUGCAAAUUCGGAUAUGACACCAACCCCAAACAUGCUGAGGUGGACUUUUGCAUGGGUGUCACCAUGCACCAGAAUCAGUCUUCCGAUGCCUACGACAUGUAUCUGAGCAUGACCGUAACGCGAGACUCCGACCUUGGGUGGACUGCAAUCGGCACGGGCCCCGUCAUGGCAGGCUCGUUGAUGAUGAUUGUCUAUGGAGAUCCCAACUCGAAGGAGCCUCCAACUGCCAGCGUCAGAACGGUGGAAGGACAUCGCCAGCCCAAGCUUCUCACCAGCGAGAACGCGGAUGGCGCGGACAUUCGGAUUCUCGAGACAAGCUGGGAGCCUGUCACUCACGACGACACCCCAUCAUCCUCACCGACCUUUCUCGCCAGAAUCGCCCUCGUUUGCUAUUCCUGUACUUCUUGGCCGGGUGUUGGCGACCAUCCCAUCUCGGCAACGGCAACUUCGCUCCCUUGGAUCUGGGCAUGGAACGAUAACCAGAAGUUCGAUAACUUCUCGAGCGAUGUGCAUCUCAAAAUGCACAAGCACCACUCGAGGGACGGUGGAUGGGGGAACUUCUACGUCGACAUGGCGCGGUCUAUCGACACUGCCGAGAAUGCGCCCUCGCCCCCAUCUAUCCGGCCAGGAGUCCGGACUUUGGGCACGACGGAUAAAACAUCGACUGCCUUCACAUGGCCAAAGCUUGGACCUGUCGCCCAAGCUCAUGGCUGGUUGAUGGGACUGGCAUUCCUGUUGUUCUUCCCCGGAGGCGUGAUUGCAAUGCGGUCUCAAUCUAGCCAAGCAUUCAAAUACCACUGGAUCAUCCAACUCGUCGCCUCCCUCUGUGUCGCCGUCGGAGCUAUUCUCGGUAUCGUCAUGAGCCGAUCGUUCAGAUCCCCUCACCAGAUCGCCGGACUCGUGGUGUCACUCAUCCUCGGCAUCCAAGGGGUUCUUGGCUGGCGACACCACAUGGCCUUUCUCCGCAUCAAGCGCCGCACCUGGAUAUCUCAUACCCACAUCUGGGGCGGACGGCUGAUCAUGAUCGUUGGAUGGGUGAACAUCAUCAGUGGCAUGCUCCUGGCCGGGUUUGGGUGGUUCUGGAUCGUCCUGAUGUCCGUGGUACUCGUGGGCGUGGCAGUCGGCCUUACGUUCUGGGUUCGAGCUUUCACUAAUCGCAAGCUGCGAAAGGGACGCGAAGGGUAUGACGAAUCCGAAGAUGCUCUCAUGCCCUGGAAGGCGGACCAAGAAGGGGAAUAUUUCGUGCUAGGCGAAGAGGAGGAGGAGGACUUUGUGCACGAUGAUGUGGAGCUGAGCGAUAUGGGUGAUCCGGGUCAUGGGAGAGAUCGGAGUGGCCCUUAUGAUCCCAUUCUUCGUAAGAGCGAUGCAAAUUAGCAUUGGAAAAGAGAUUUGGUUUAUAGUAUAGUCAAAGUGUUUGGAGAGAAUUUCGCUAUAUCAGAAUUCAUUUAAAAGCUACUGGAGUUACUCAAGCC